CCCGUAAAUCACAUAUUCCAUAUUCCAAAGAAUCUUGUUGUUUGAUCAACAAUUUCACACAUAUUCUUCACUUCCUCUACUUGCUCCACACACAACUUGCUCUACCUUAAAACUCAUAAAACAAAAACAACAACUACCCAUUCUUCUUCUUCUUGGUCUAUAUAUUCCACUCUCUUUUUCCUAUACACCUUUUAAUAUAUUAAGUAUAUUUUUUUGGUCCAUUGAGUAACAUGUGCAUUCAAGAAGCUAUGGAGAAUUUGGCCAUUUCUAACACUGAUGACAAUUCUGAACCUGAAUUUCAACAUAGUACUUCUGUCAUGAAUAACUCAUUCCCACUGGAAAGUAUUUCAGAAGACACAACUAUUGCAGAUCGGAAACAGAUACUCUUUAGUAACUUCCUCCCGACCCUUAGGUCUGGAGAUUGGUCCGACAUUGGAGGUCGCCUUGACAUGGAAGACACACACAUAUGUAUUGCGGACCUAGCUAAGAAUUUUGGCCAUAAUAUACUUGGUGAGGAUGCUAUUUCCUUUUAUGGAGUCUUUGAUGGGCAUGGAGGGAAGGGAGCAUCACAAUUUGUUCGUGAUUACUUACCAAAGGUCAUUGUCGAGGAUGCUGAUUUUCCUCUGGAACUUGAGAAAGUAGUGACAAGAUCUUUCGAUAAGACAGAUGCUGCCUUCGCCAAGUCAUGCUCUGUUGACUCAGCAUUGUCCUCGGGCACUACUGCACUCACUGCAAUGAUAUUUGGAAGAUCACUACUUGUGGCAAAUGCUGGUGAUUGUCGAGCAGUUGUAUCUCGACGCGGACUGGCUAUAGAAAUGUCAAAGGAUCACAGACCUUGUUGUGUUACUGAAAGAUCUCGCAUAGAGUCCGUGGGUGGAUUUGUCGAUGAUGGCUAUUUGAAUGGACAGAUAGGCGUGAGCCGGGCAUUAGGUGACUGGCACAUUAAAGGAUUGAAGGAAGUUGAGAAGGGCGGGCCAUUGAGUGCUGAACCUGAACUUAAGUUGUUGACGUUGACUAAGGAAGACGAGUUCCUGAUCAUCGGUAGCGAUGGAAUAUGGGAUGUUUUCCGAAGCCAAAACGCAGUUGAUUUUGCUCGGAGAAGACUGCAGGAGCAUAACAAUGUAAGGCGAUGCUGCAAGGAAAUAGUAGACGAGGCCAAAAAGCGCAGUGCCAUAGACAACUUAACAGUAGUCAUGGUAUGUUUUCACUCCGAGCCUCCACCUCCUAUUGUUUUUCAAAGACCAAGAAUAAGGAAAAGUAUAUCCGCCGAAGGGCUUCAGAAUCUAAGAUCUUUGCUUGAAGGCUAGAGCUGCAACUUUUCGACAUCAAUUUUGGCAGCUUACUACAACAUAUCCACCUAAACAAACAACGAUAAUGACGAUCACUUGGUUACUUCUGGACAACUUUGUAAAUACAUCAGAGGUAAGCGUAUCAUGUUCUGUUGUAAUUCUCCCAUCUAGACCUUAAGUCCAAGAUGAAAUAAAGCUCUAGGGAGAUAGAAGCAACCCAUUGAGCCAAUUUUUUGUACAUAAAUUAAACACUAUUCAUCUGUUGUAUGGUUUUCCCUGACUAAAGGGAAACUCAAAAUUGAAUUGUUGGUUUGUUCCAACCUUUUUGAUGUCAUAAUAAAGUUUAUACCUUGUUACCAA